AACCAGCGCAAAAUCCCACGCCACGCCGCGCCACGCCACGCCACGCCACAGUUGCGCGCCCGAGAAACGAGCAGGACCGCUAAUGCGAUAUUCACUGUCAGUUCCUAUACCUAUCUAGAUGUCGAUUUGAUCACGGCGAGCCAUGUCUCUCAAGAUCGAGCGAGACACCAUCUCGCAGGUGUCGGGGGCGCUGCCCGCGCUGCCCAAGCUCCAGAACCAUGGCGGCAUCGUCGGCACUGCCGCCGCCGCCGUGGCUGAGGCUGCUCACGGCCAGAUUCCCGGCACCAGUGGCAAGCACCCCAUCUCCGAGGUGGUCGGCACCGCCAUUACCGGCGGGAGGCAGAAUGCGGGUACCAAGGGUUAUCUCGCCGCCUACAUCAAGCAACUAGAGGAUAACCCGUUGCGCACCAAGAUGUUGACGGCGGGCACUCUGGCCGGCGCGCAAGAGCUGAUCGCAUCUUGGCUAGCCAAGGACCGCAACAAGCACGGCAACUACUUCACGUCGCGCGUGCCCAAGAUGGCGACCUACGGCGCUCUCGUCAGCGCGCCGCUGGGCCACUUCCUGAUCUGGGCCCUCCAGAAGACGUUCAAGGGCCGCACUAGUUUGAAGGCCAAGAUCCUACAGAUUCUCGUCAGCAACUUGAUAAUUGCCCCCAUCCAAAACACGGUCUACCUCGUGGCCAUGGCGCUGAUUGCCGGCGCCAAGACAUUCCACCAGGUGCGGGCCACAGUGCGCGUGGGCUUCUGGAAGGUGAUGCGCGUCAGCUGGAUCACGUCGCCCAUCUGCCUAGCCUUUGCCCAGAAGUUCCUGCCCGAGAGCACCUGGCUCCCCUUCUUCAACUUCGUCUCGUUCAUCAUCGGCACCUACAUCAACACCGUCACCAAGAAGAAGCGCCUGGCCGCCCUGCGGAAGAAGCACUUUGGCGACGGCCGCGCCCCCGGCGGCGGCGGAUCUUCCAUGGGCCGCCCAGAAGACUACCCCCCUCUCGGCCCGAACCCCCCGUAUUAGAAGAGGGGCUUGCAGCCAUGAAAAAAAAACCAUGGUGGUGCCGGUAAAGGAGAGGACCAGAAAAAGGAAGAGGGGAUGACAUACAAUAGGAAAUAUGAGUUUAUUUUUACGAUGGCCACAACG